AUGGCAAGCAGUGAAGAGGUCCCUGCGGCGACUCCAGAGGCCCUCGAGGGAGGAGAGGACCAGGAUAAGAAAGAAAAACAACCUGGCGGUCCAACCCUGCCCCGCGAACGCAUUUCCACACACCAACAUCUCGGACAGGUCUUGGACUGGCGAGGCAACUACGGCUGGAUCAUGCCUAUGGAACCUAUUCGUCAUCCCAAGGCUUCUAUGAGGCAGGGGCGAAUCUUCAUCAGCCGGACCGACCUUGCCAAUGCAAAAGAUUUGAUGCCCGGUACCUUCGUGCAGUUCCAGAUCUUCGAGGACGAGCAGGGCUUGGGAGCAGAGAAGUGCUACGUGUGGAAAGGCCCACCAAAUUUCAUGUUCUUCAAAGGCAAGGGAAAGGGCAAAGGGAAAAAGGGCGAGAAGGGGCCCAAAGGUGAAGGUGGAAAGCCCGGCGAGGAGAGGAAGGACGGGAAGCAAAGUGAGGCACCGCAGGGCAAGGGAUCCUCCCAGGGAGGUGGCAACAAAGGCGACUCCAAAGGCAAAGGUGGCAAGCCAGGUGGUCGAGGGCCCGGAGGUCCACCCGGCGGCCCCGGUGGUGCAGGACGAGGACCGGGAGGGCCAAAAGGUGACCGACCUAAAGGCGGCCGCAAGGGAAAAGGUGAUGAUGGAAAGAGCGGUGCAGGUAUGCGACCGUCAAUGGGUGCCAACACCAAGGGCGCCGGCCGCGGCCCCGGCUUUGGAGGACGCGGUGAUGGAGGCAAAGGCCGUGGCAAGCCACAAAUGGGAGGAAUCGGAGGCGACCGCCCGGUUCCCGCUGCUGGAGGUGCUCCGGGGGCACCAGCGCAGGCAAACCGGCCCAGCCAGCAGAUGCCGGCGAACCCGCAGCAACCGCAGGUCCCCCAGCCACAGAUUCAGCCGCAGCUCGGCAUGGGCGCAGCAGGCACUGGCGGCUUCGGCUUGAUGCCAGGCAUGCCCAACCUGAUGGAGUUCUCGGGCGCCGGCACCCUCGGGAUGUCAGUCCCACAGGGGCUGCAGGGCCUUCCCAAUCUGCAAGGACUCCAGGGCCUCCAAGGUCUACAAGGCCUACCCAACCUGCAAUCUUUGGGUUUGGCUGGAAAUCCUGCCUGGGCCGCUGCAUUUGUCCAGCAGCCGCCGCAGGUCCCUGGGCGCAACAUGGGCGGUAUGCCCAAUGCAGGAACCGGACCCUCGGGCGGACCUUCGAAUCCAAAUUUCGGAAUGCUGCCUGGCUAUAUGGACCUGCCCGAAAACUUGCGCGGCUUGCAGGGCGCGGGACAGCAAGGUUCCUACAAGGGUGGGUUGGCUGGCCAGGGGGGCUUCAUGGGCUGA